UGACACCCAGAACCUGAGGGAAGAGAAACGAGGAAGCAUUAAGUCUGAUCUGUAAGGGGAAGACAGCCCUCAGGAGUGAGCAGGGUUAUUCUUUCUACUGCGAUCUGACAGUUCACUGCAGGACGGGAGGGAAGACCAGCGUGAACAAUCACGUUCCUGCUAGGAAAGGAGGGAAGAGACUCCCACUGAUGGACCUUACACCAUGGCAGCGGAGCCCUGCCUCUGAGAGGGCAGCUUAGGAGUGGGAUUCCUAGGUGCCUUCCAGUUUGCUGAACUGCUGCUUUACUCCCGAAAGAAAGAAAGAAUGUGGCAGCUUGUUUUCUUUACUUUGAGCUGUGAUCUUGUCCUAGCCGCAGCCUAUAACAACUUUCGGAGAGGCAUGGACAGCAUGGGGAAAAGGCAGUAUCAGGUUCAGCAGGGGUCCUGCAGCUACACUUUCCUCCUGCCGGAGACAGACAACUGUCGCUCGACUAGCUCCUACGCGUCCAGCGCUGUACAGAGGGACUCACCACUAGAUUAUGACGACUCCGUGCAGAGGCUACAAGUGCUGGAGAACAUCAUGGAAAACAACACUCAGUGGCUAAUGAAGCUUGAGAAUUAUAUCCAGGACAACAUGAAGAAAGAAAUGGUAGAGAUACAACAGAACGCAGUACAGAACCAGACGGCCGUGAUGAUAGAAAUAGGCACAAACUUACUGAAUCAGACAGCAGAGCAAACACGGAAGUUAACGGAUGUUGAAGCACAAGUAUUAAAUCAGACAACAAGACUUGAACUUCAGCUUCUGGAACAUUCCCUUUCCACCAGCAAAUUGGAGAAACAGAUUUUGGACCAGACCAGUGAAAUAAACAAAUUGCAAGAUAAGAACAGUUUCCUGGAAAAGAAAGUACUAGACAUGGAAGACAAGCAUAUUGUUCAACUACAGUCGAUAAAAGAAGAGAAAGAUCAGCUCCAAGUAUUAGUAUCCAAGCAAAAUUCCAUCAUUGAAGAACUAGAAAAACAAUUAGUGACCGCCACGGUGAAUAGCUCAGUUCUCCAAAAGCAGCAACAUGAUCUGAUGGAGACAGUUCAUAAUUUAUUGACUAUGAUAUCAUCAAGCUCAGCGAAGAACUCCUUCAGUGCUAAGGAAGAAGCAGUCGUUUUCAGAGACUGUGCAGAAGCAUUCAAGUCAGGGAGGACAGCGAACGGCAUCUAUACGCUGGUGUUCCCAAACUCCACAGAGGAGAUAAAGGCAUACUGCGACAUGGAGACGGCUGGAGGUGGGUGGACCAUCAUUCAGCGGCGGGAAGAUGGCAGUGUUGACUUCCAGAGGACUUGGAACGAAUAUAAAGUGGGAUUUGGGAACCCUUCCGGUGAACACUGGCUGGGAAAUGAGUUUGUUUUCCAAGUGACCAAUCAACAGCCCUACGUGCUUAAAAUACACCUUAAAGACUGGGAAGGGAAUGAAGCGUACUCACUGUAUGAACAUUUCUCUCUCUCAAGUGAAGAAUUCAAUUACAGGAUUCACCUUCAAGGACUUACAGGGACAGCCGGCAAAAUAAGCAGCAUCAGCCAACCAGGAAAUGAUUUUAGCACAAAGGAUGCAGACAACGACAAAUGUAUUUGCAAAUGUUCACAAAUGCUCACAGGAGGCUGGUGGUUUGAUGCGUGUGGUCCCUCCAACUUGAACGGAAUGUACUACCCGCAGAGGCAGAACACAAAUAAGUUCAGCGGCAUUAAGUGGUACUACUGGAAAGGCUCAGGCUACUCGCUCAAGGCCACGACCAUGAUGAUCCGACCUGCAGGUUUCUAAAUGCCCGCACGCGCCUGAGGAGGGACGGGCUGUGCGAUUUUCAAAGACUUAAUCCCGGAGCUCUCAAAGACGCAUCCGCAUGCUGUCUCCUCUACCAUCUCGAGACGGACAGCACGCGCUCGGUGCACAGGGGUCCACGGGCUCCGGCCCCGAGUCCCUCGCACCUCCUCGCUUAGACCCGCAUCACUCGUGAACCCUGAGCACAACCCUGGUUACGGUGACCUGUUGGAACGCCUAUGGGAAGAUAGAGUGAGGCCUGCGAAUUUAGGACUGACAAUUCACAGACGCUGUUGUCACAACCAAGAAUGUUGUGUCGAGUUCAUCCGUAAAUAACUGGAAAACAGAACUCUCACGCUACGCAGUACAGAUAACCUUGGAACUGCGUCCUUCUAAGUACUGUUUAUAGAUUGUAUAAAUAUCCAUAUGUCCCGAGUUCAGCAUCACUACCAUAAUUAAAAGAAAGAAAAAAAAUUCUCUAAGCCAUUAAAAUAUAUUAUAUAUUCAGGGACAUUCUGGGAA